AUGUAUAAAGAAGAUGAUGUUAGUAAAGCAAGAGAUGUGAAGGCUCUGCUAUUGAAUGAUUAUUUUUGGGAGAAGAUUGAUUGUAUGAUUGGAUUCAUGGGUCAUAUAUAUGAGAUGAUAAGGAUGGGGGAUAUGGAUAGGCCUUGUCUUCACUUAGUUUAUGAGUGGUGGGAUACAAUGAUAGAGAAAGUAAAGACGGCUAUCUACAAGCCCGAAUUUGCACAUGUCAUAGAAGAGCAUUGUUCCGUAACAAGGUUUUAUGAAGUGGUGUACUCCACAUUAAUUGCAAGGUGGACCAAGAGUUCCACCCCACUUCAUUGCAUGGCUCACUCUUUGAAUCCUAAGUACUAUAGCUCUCAAUGGCUUGAAGAGGACCCUAAUCGGGUUGCUCCACAUAGAGAUGCCAAACUCAACAAUGAAAGGAGGAAGUGUCUUCAAAGGCUCUUUCCGGAUGGUCAAAUUCGUAACAAAGUGAUGGAAGAGUUUGCUUAUUUUUCAUUGAACAUGAAAGAUUAUUCAUCACCCGAAGCUUUGGAAAAUAAGUUUCACUUUGAGCCUCUUGUUUGGUGGGGUAAUUAUGGAGCUUCCACCCCACUUCUCCAAUCUUUGGCUUUUAAGUUGCUUAAUCAACCUUGUUCAUCUUCUUGUUGCGAAAGGAAUUGGAGUACAUAUAGUUUCAUAUAUGGUUUGAAGAGGAACAAGUUACAACCACAAAGAGCACAAGAUUUGGUGUAUGUUCACACAAAUCUUCGUCUUUUGGCAAGGAGGGAUCCUAGUUACAAAAAAGAUUUGGAUUCAAUGUGGGAUAUUGCGGGAGAUGGUCAUGAGUCUAUGUUAUCGGGGAAUGUUGAUAUGCUUCAACUUGUCACUUUGUCCCUUGAUGAACCGGUGUUGGAGAGGACUAUAUUUUUUGAAGAUGAGAUAGAGUCUUGA